AUGCCAUCCUCCAAUUCACCUCAAGAAAAUAGCGGAUUUAUGCAACGAUUCUUUAUCCAUGAUCCUCAAACCAUUCAUGACGAAAUUCAUUCCACAUUGAACAAGAAUAAUAGUGAUGAUACAAAUGCAGCUCCAAGUGGUAGCAAUAGUCCUAAACUGAAAUAUGCCAGCAGUCCAAGCAGCUUGCAAGAAACUAUGGAAAUUGCCUUUGCAUCGUUGGGAUUGGGUAAUUUGAUGGGCAUGGGCGAGUCAUCCACAACAACAUCAUCAUCCACAACAACAUCUACUGUCGGCACGCACAGCAAGAAACAAUCCAUUGUCAUUCCCAAACGAGAAUUUGAAACCAAACCAUUGCACAGCUAUGCAGCACCUCAUCAAGAAAGAAAUUAUUCUUAUCAAAUUCAUCAAGGAAAUCAACAAAUCCGAGUCGAUAUUGAAGCGACUGGAUUGUCCAAGGACGAUUUGUCGGUCCAAGUCGUCAAUAUGCCGGCCUGUGUCGUCCAAUGGAGCAGUAGGAGUGGUGGUGGCAGUAGCAGUAGUAGCAGCAGUAGUAGUAAUAAUACUUCGAAUGCGAGUCCCAAAAAUCGACUGCGAUUGGGAUCGUCGGUCGAUUGCCAACGACUUUCGGCCAAUUUGCACAAGGGUGUCUUGCAAAUGAAGGCACCUCUCAAGACGGAAGAGGAACAGGAAUCAAUUAAGAAUAUUACGAUUACUACCAAAUAA